AUGCCCAUCUGCAUCGAGUGUCGGCAUCCCGUCAACACGCUAUGGACUCAGUACUCGGGCGCCGGUGACAAGUCGACGGGGCACAACAUCCGCCUGACCGUCUGCCGCAAGUGCGGCCGCUUCUGCGACAAGUAUGUCGAGCACGACUUCGUGGUGCUCUUCAUCGACCUCGUCCUGAUUAAACCCCAGGUCUAUCGCCACCUGCUGCACAACACGCUGAUGCGCGAUGGCGAUCGCUUCGAUCCUUCCAUCAUCCGCCUCGGUGUCCUCCUCCUGCUUUUCGACGUCUACCUUACGUGGGCGCGCAUCGAGAAGCAGACGAUACCAGAUGCGCUCCCCGGCGAAAGCAACCUGGGCAAGCUCGCGCAGCAGCCCAUAGUGCUGCAGUAUCUCUUCUUCUUGAUUCUAUGCGCCAUCUCCACCAUGGCUUUCCACCUCAGUAUCCGCUUCCUCACGUCUUCACCGCUGUCGCCGCUCAACGCCCUCGGCAUCAUGCCCCGGCAUGCCCGACCCAACUCCGUCUCAACGGCCCUGCUCGUCUCCUCGUCGACGAAGCUGUUCCCGAUACUCAUGGUCAUAUGGGACUACGACGUGCCCGCCGCGGCCCGCUCCCUAGGCUGGGCCGUCGUCGCCAACAACAUCGAGGCCCUGCGAAUCCUCCUCGACUGCAAAUACUACACCGCCUGCAUCCUCGCCGUAGCGGGCGCAUCAUCACGUUGGGCUGUGGGACGACUGGUGCUGAUUGCCGCCGGCCUGGGCGACGUCGACUCCAUUGGGGAGAGCAGCGUGGCGGCCGAUGGGAAAGCGCUGUGGGCUUUCCUUGUGUAUGCCAGGAAAUGGGCGGGACGCUUAGCCGUUGGCUGA